AUGGCCUCUCCCUCUCCAUCAAAUACUGCAUUCAGCUUUCAAUCACCUUCAGUGUUCAAUGGAGAAAAUUAUCCAAUUUGGUUUGAGAAAAUGGAGUCAUAUCUUAGGGGUUUGGACCUCUGGGAUGCUGUUGAAUCAGGAGCUGAAGUUCCAACUUUGAAGGAUAAUGCAACCCCUGCACAAGGAGCUCUUAUAGAUGCUAUGUUUGUAAGAAUUAUGGGGUGUAAAACUACCAAAAAUGCUUGGGAAAGACUGAAAGUUCAGUUUGAAGGUUCUGAAAGAACCAAAGAAAUGCAGAUUAUGAACUUGACUAGGGAGUUUGAUACAAUGAGAAUGAAGGAUUCUGAAAAUGCAAAAGACUUCAUCAGCAGACUUAUGAGAGUUGUUAAUCAACUCAGACUCUUGGGAGAGGAUAUUUUAGAAAGAAGAGUUGUUCAAAAGGCUCUUGUAUCUCUACCAGAAAGAUUUGAAGCUACAGUUACUUCUCUGGAAAGGGAACUCUCCAAAAUGUCACUAUCAGAUGUUGCAUAUGCUCUCCAAGCUGCUGAACACAAGAGAGUUAUGAGAAGUGAAAUGUAA